GUUGCUAUCAAAAUAAUGGACGUGAACCAGAUUAAAGAAGACUAUGUUAUCCGCAACCUUUGUCGAGAGGCUAAGAUAAUGUCGAAACUGAAUCACCCCUGUAUAGUUGCGUUGUUCCAAACCAUGCAGAGAUCCGACAAUGUGUAUUACCUAGUAACUGAGUUGGUGUCUGGUGGUGAUCUUUGCACUUUCGUCAAGAGUCAACAGGAAGGUCGUUUAGAAGAGAGACCUACCAGAAUGUACGGCAGACAAUUCGCUUCUGCUUUGUCACAUAUGCAUGGGCAAGGAAUUGUUCACAGGGACCUGAAGAUGGAGAACGUGAUGUUGAACCCGUCUCGGCAGCAGAUAAAAAUCGUCGAUUUCGGGCUGAGCAACGUGUGGAGUGCCUCUAGUCCGCUCCGGACCCACUGCGGCUCCCCCGAGUACGCGGCUCCAGAGCUCUUCGUUACCGGAAAGCAGUACGGCGCUGAAGUGGACCUCUGGAGCCUGGGCAUCAUUCUUUAUGGUAUGGUCCUGGGGCAGUUGCCUUUUGUCACAAGUCGUUCGGGUCAAGUGACGUCACAAGAACGUCGAAAAAAACUCGUGGCUCAAAUCAACAGAGGACUGGCCAGUGUCCACAGAAGAGCUCUAUCUACUUUCUCUUCUGAAUUUCGAAGCCUCAUGAACAGGCUUUUGGUGGCUGACGCUGCAAAGAGGAUAACCGUCAAGGAGCUGGUGGUUCAUCCCUGGAUAACGGAAAAGGGAAAGAAAAUGAUCAGGUCGAACCCUUUGAAAACUUUGGAGCCAGUAAGAAGGAAUAAGAUCAUCAUGGAGAUUGGCACUUUGCUCCAGCUAGAUUCUAACGCUGUCAACUCGUGCAUCUCCCAAGAUCCCUUGGGAAAAAUUGGCGGUAUGUUCAACAUACUCCAAAGGAGAUAUCAGAUGAGUCAGCUCACUGGAGACGGAGUUACAAGAGUUUUGCCUUCUUUGACACUUUUGGAACUUGCUGAUCUCACGAAAAAUAUCGGAAAAGAAAAGAAGAUAUACACCGCCAGAUCGUCCACUUACAAAAACUCCCCGAGUAUGAUGCCGAAUCGAAAUAUUGAUUUCUGUACUCCCAGAAUGAUCAGACUCGAAAAAACGCUGAAGCCCGUUAUGAGUUCACCUAAUGAGCAGAUUGCGAAGAACAAACUUCAACAACAAAUGAAAUCGAAGAAGGAUCCAUCUUCCCAGAAAACCAGGCCAAAUACUGUACAGACCACCAGCAACCAACAAAAAAAUCGGCCUGCUUUAGAUUACAGAGUCAUCAAGUCCCCCAGCUUGAGAAGGAAAGCUUAUUCUGCUACUAUAACUCCUAAAUCGAAUCGCACUUUCUCCCCUGGAGGGGAAGGGGUGUUGAGAAAUCGCCCGUCCCCUGCAGGAGAGAGGAAAGUCAGAGAGGAAGUUCCGAAGCCCAAAGAAGCAAUCAAAGUUUCUCCAGAAGCGGUACCGAAGCCAAAGAAGGAUGUGUUAGAAUUGCUGCAUUUGAAUGGUGUGAAAAAAGUUGGGGUGCCUCAAGGAAGUAAGUCGAUGCUGGCCCAAAACAUGAGGCAGGAUCAUCCUAAAGUCCGUCAGACAGCUCCGGAGAAUAUCCGAUGUAGAUCUGAACAAUCGCAAAGCAGAAGACGUCCAGUUACGGGGGCGCUUCAACAAAUACUGGAGAGGUCGUUGAAAAACGCAGGAGUGACGCUGAGCGAGGGCAAUCCAAAACCUGUGGAUAAAAUAGGAAAUGUGAGAAACAUUCAUUACCACCAACCCCAGUUACCUAGCAAACAUUGGGAAAGGUCACCUUUAGCAUUCGGAGAUAGCAGUUCCCGAGCUGUAACAGCACCCCACACCCAAGUCAGAAAAAGCACCAUCUAUGAUCCUAUUGCCAAGUCGAUAGCGGACUACGUCACUAAUAACGUUCCUGAAAAAUUACAUCAGUUUCCUUGGUUUAAAAAAUGAGCAAGAAAACGUCUACUGGAAUAUAAAUAGGAUCGCACGUAAAUAAGAAUCAUUGUAAAAUAAAUAAUGAAAUGUCAUAGUGAAUGAGCUAUUUUAUUUCUGUCAUGUCAAUAAAAGGAAUCGGUUACUUUUG